GCUUGAUCUCUCAACUCCAGUCUAAGCUGCUCGCUACAGACCCAAUAUCCAGCAAUAUAGACAACUAACAAGGGCUCUUUUAUCCAGGCGAAUCAGUCUCGUGCUGGCCUGUUGUAUAGCCUACGAGGCUCUGGGCUAUCGCAUGGUUCACUCGGAACAUUGGAUCCCCAUAUUAUCUGUUACUGCUGGUAUCGAGCUCCCGAGUACUUACCUAUGAUACCGAAGCAGCCGCAGGACGGCUAAGAUCCAGAUCAAGACAACGCAAUUACGUUCACGCUUAGCUACGUCAGUUCAGCCUCCUCGGCAUUAUUAACUACUAGGUAGCAUGGCCAGCCAGUCGCAGACGGGCCAAGCAGCAGCUGGCCGGGAGGAUGAGAGAACUCCUCUUCUGCGUGAUACAAAUAAACCCCCUAAUAAUGCUGCGGUGGGAAACACGGGAGAUGGCACUACAGAUGGCACCGAUGACGAAAAUCAGGGCCUGCUCGCUCAAGAGAUCACGACCUUGCGUCGUCGUCGUUGGAUUUCGCUGAUUGCUAGCGUUUUCCUCAUCAUCGUGUUCGUUGUGAUAUUGAUCUUAAGCGGAGUGCUAUCCCGCGGUCAGAAAAAAUCGCCAAAGAUGAAUAACUCUACCUGUACGACACCGACAUGUAUUCAUGCUGCAUCUGAAAUUCUGUACAACUUGUCCCCUGAUUACAAGAAUCUUGAUCCGUGUACUCACUUCGACACUCUGGUCUGCGAUGGCUUUAACGCGCGCCAUGACAUUCCCGAGGAUCGAUCAUCGUUUUCAACGGCUUCGAUCAUGUCUGACAACGGUCGAACUACUCUCAGACAUAUUCUAGAAUCACCAUACCCAGGUGGCUCCCAGCACUCCUCGUUCUCGCCAAUGAAUCUUCAAAGGGUCGCAGCAUCGACUGACGAAGAAAAUUUCUUAACCAUGCAAGAGUCUUACAAUGCCUGCAUGAAUGAAGCAACCCUGAAGCAGAUCGGUGUUGGUCCUCUGACCGAUCUAAUUAGCCAAGUUGCUCAGUCCUUCCCGGUAGACGAUGCCUCCUAUGAAACAGAUGAGAUUCCACAACUGGAAGAUUAUUCGAAGCUAAGCGACACGAUUCUCCUCCUCGAGCAACUUGGUGUCGCAUCAUUUGAGGGACUAUAUACCGGUGCGGAUGAUAAGAAUCCUGACGUCGUCAUUAUUCAGGCUAUGCCAGCGGGAUAUAACCUCCCAUCGCCCGAAUACUAUGAGGAUAAUGAUACUGUGGAACAAUACCAAGCUAUGCUUGAACAGGUUUUCUCUUCACUACUUCCGACCGUCACUUCGAAGAAGUCCGCAACCAAACUCUCGCGAUCUGUAGUUGCACUUGAGAAAAAGAUCGCGGCUCUGACUCCACCACCAGAAGAUAGGCAAGAUGUUACAAAAUAUUAUAACAUCGUCUCGGUUGAAGACGUAGGCAUGAUUGGACCAACAAUAGGGUUGGAUAAGGUAGUGAAGGGAUUGGCACCCACAAAUUACACACCUGAAACAAUGCUGCUGGCUUUUCCAGAAUUCUUAGGGAACGUAUCUCAGAUCGUCUCUAAGACUCCAAAAUCCACGAUACAGGCCUACUUAAUUUGGAACUUGGUACUGUCUUAUUCAACCUACGUUGAAGCCGCUGAGGUGGAACCUAUCACUCGUUUCAAUAACAUCCUAGCAGGUCGAGACCCGGAGACAAAGUCGGAACGCUGGAAGACGUGCCUGGGUUAUGUCGACGGAACACUUGGGUGGAUCCUAAGCCGCUUCUAUAUCGAAGCUACCUUUUCAGAGGCUGCUAAAAAGUACGGUGACCAGAUCAUCCUGGACAUAAAGCAGCAAUUCACCACCAGAUUGGGUGAACUUGAUUGGAUGGACGAUUCAGUCAAGAAACUUGCCACGAACAAAGUCCACAAUAUUGACCAAAAGAUCGGCUAUCCCACAAAAUCCCCGGAUAUCAUGAAUCCCGACGCGUUACGGGACUACUAUAAGGGGCUAGUGAUCACGAACUCCUUCUUUAACAAUUCACUGUCUAGCAAUAAAUUCUCCGCAAACCAGACAUGGUCUGCUCUUGGCAAACCCGUAGAUCGCGGCGAGUGGGGGAUGCAGGCUGACAUUGUCAAUGCCUACUACAAUCCCGCGGGAAAUGAGAUUGUUUUCCCAGCAGGUAUAAUGCAGUUUCCUGUCUUUUCGGUGGACUUACCGGGUUAUGUUUCAUAUGGAGCUUUCGCGUCGGUAGCUGGGCACGAGCUCUCCCAUGCUUUUGAUAACUCAGGCCGCCAUUAUGAUGAGAAUGGCAACUUCACUGAUUGGUGGACGAACCAUACUGUCGAUCAGUUUGAUAAACGUGCAGCCUGCUUCGUUAAUCAGUACAACAAUUUUACUAUCAAAGGCAACGAUGGCCAGCCCCUGCACGUCAAUGGCAAGUUGACGUUAGGCGAGAAUAUCGCCGACGCUGGAGGAGUCUCAGCUGCCUUCGCGGCCUGGGAGAAGCGUCGUGCAGAUAGCCCCGACCAGAGCUUACCUGGACUCGAUUAUUUCACACACGAACAGCUCUUCUUUGUCUUCUAUGCCAACUGGUGGUGCGGCAAGGUCCGCAAGGAGCAAGCCAUCAAUUACAUCUACGUCGAUCCGCACUCACCUGCGUUUGCGCGUAUCCUUGGAACAACGUCUAAUUCUCGGGCCUUCAGGGAGAGCUUUAACUGUCCUGUCAAGGAACCAACCUGUGAGCUUUGGUGAGGAUAAGGUUGAUGGACGGGGCUUCAGGACGGUGGGUAUGUGGCCUACCUUAUGUACAACACAAAUCGGCAUUGUUUGUUCUUUCGUUAUUUGAUUACUUCUAUUUCCAAUGUAUGCUGGGGCGGCCGUGAGUCUUACGUACAUAUCCCAGCAUCGAGUAUAGUUUGGUUCUCAUUGCUGGUGUAAAGUGCUAAAUAGUUUGAUCACUAUUCAUAGGAUAUUUUCUAUAAAUUUACAUCAUAGGGCGACAGAAUUGCAGCUGUUAUCCUAACAUAUCAUUCUCACUCCUCCGAGUUCCCCGUCUCAACCGGUGAUCUCUGUAUCGCGGCUUGUAUAGCACCUUUUCGAGCGUAUUUGCGAUAAAGCUCUGUUGCUCUGGCAGUUAGCCUUAUGACCCAUUAGCAAGCUCCCCGUCCAACACGAGUUGAAGUAUCGCCGUCAUACCCAGGACACUGUCGUCUUUGUCAAGGGCUGCAGCGCGUAUAAAUGGCUGGUGAAGUUUCAGGAGUAUCUCUGUUUCAAAGCCAGCCCUCGGGACCACUAUGGCGGAGUCCGUGACAUU